AUGUGCAGAUUGGAGCUGCUCCUUAAGAGAUCCCUGCUGGUUCUCCUUCUCCUGGGCCUGGCAGAGGCCUGCAUUCCUCAUGAAGUUGCGAUGGAAGAAAAAAACUCAACUGCCUGUGCUUCAUCUGUAACCUUGGUCACCACGGCACCUCUCCUGGUCCGGCUGCCAUCAGGAAUCUUUGGGCUAAUGAGUAGACUAUCUCCAGAUGGUCUCAAACAAAACAUCAUUUCCUCCUCCAAGAUGCCUCCCCUGGUACCCACACCAGACAGGACAGAAGAAGAAAUGACGUCUUCGGCCACCACCAUGACCAAGAGCACCAGGUGGAACUUUUUGAGAUGUACCUACAUGGCGAUGACCUUCUUCUUCAUGUCCGACAAUAAAGGAGACUGGUGUUACUGCCACUACUGUAACCCAGAACUGGAUGUUAGAGAUGAUCCUUGCUGUUCUUUCCAGUGA